AUGACCCAAAGUGCCUCAGCAUUCCGGACACGAAGACGUACACUCGCCAAGCUUCCAGGGAUGCGAUGCCCAGAAUUCCUCGACACACGGGACAGCUGGCUUGGUUUCACGAAAUCACAAUCCCGCGUUUCGAAGAAAGUGGCAAACUCGAGAGCCAAAAAGAAUCGGACGACCACACGCAUUGCGCAUACUCGCACGACUGCCCAACGACAAGCCGAGCCAAGCAUCCUCGCGCCAUCACGUGAUUGUUGCGCGUCUACCAGCACGGGAACGGACAAGCAAAACGUUUUGAAAAUCCCGAAGGAAAGCGCUCGUAGUAUGGACUCCGCGAAAGUCAAAGAGCUGUUGCAAUCUACUGACAUUUCCUUGCUGAAGGACACUUUGCGUGUGUACCAAGACGUAAAUCCCGAAGAGGACGCACGGCAACAAGAGCAACUGCUCAAACUGCAAAUCUUGUUGUGGAGUCGAAUAUUGCAUUUACAGCAGAAUGAUCCCAACUGCAAUCCUCUAGAUAUCGUUGAAUCCUACCACCAUUUAAGUCGGUGUUGGAUGUCCAUGGGGGAUACAACCAAAGCCAUUGGUCAACUCAGACACGCACUCGCAGUACAAGCCGACAACUGCCAAACAUUACAGCUACUGAGCGAUGCUCACUUGAGUAGUGCGGAUUACGAAAGUGCAAUUGACUGGCAAGAAAAAGCAAUCAAUGGGAUGCAGGAAAGGAGAAAGGACGGAGCUAGUGUUUGCUUUGCUUACGGCAACCUUGGGGCAAUUUUCGAAGCUAAGGGUGAUUUUGAACAGGCAAUUGCCGUGUUGCAGAAAGGGCAAAGUUUUUGGCCUUCGGACAAUAAUGUGGCACUCCCUACGGGGGAGGCUGCGGAUUUGGCAGUGCGGUUGGGUAUGCUGCUGGAAAAAAUGGGUCAAUACACGAAGGCCGUUCAGGAACUGACCGUGGCGCAUAAGAUGCUGGUUCAUUUGAAAGGGGAGGGUGAUGCGCAAGCCGAAGAGGUGGCCUACCUAUUGGACAUGGCAUCGAAUAUGGUGGAAUAA